AUGGUUGUGUGUGUGAUUACGGUCUUAAUCUUGGGGUUUUUGGCCUCCGUGCGUGCGCUCUGCAACUACACCCGCUUAAGCACAGUUCCAGGUCCUCUGUUCACUGGCCUAUCUGACUUGUGGAGAACAUACGCUCGCAGUACAAGCGACUAUGGCUGUAGUCUAGCCGGUCUUCAUAUGAAAUAUGGCAAGGUCGUCCGUUUAGGGCCUCGUUCUAUCAGCGUUUCCGAUCCUACGGCCAUCUUCCCGGUCUAUAAUGGUCGGCCUAGUGAAAGACCAAUAUUUGAACAUGGCGAUCGGAUCGUAUUCACCCAAGGCUCGUUCACGAAGUCGGCCGAUAUUGAAAGUAGUCUAAUGAGCAAGGUGGAUCGACGGAGGUCUCUGGAUUCAGCGAUGCGAUAUGAAGGCAUCAUUGAUCAGGCAGCCAACAAUUUGAUCACUUCUUUGAGACAACGCCCUCUAGUACGCCUAACGACCUUGCUUCAGGGCUUUGCCACUGAGUUCAUUAAUCGUCUGGUCUUGGAAGAAUCGGCCACGCAAGUCAUGCCUUUCAGCGCUCAGGGGGCGAGCUGUCACUGGUAUAACCGCACAGGCAAAUGGUUAAAGUUACCAAUGAUCGAAUAUGUGCUGCUACGAAGCCCAGCUGCUAGGUUGAAAAGGCGUCGCGGCAUUUCAUUUGUCCCCAGAAAAGUUCAGGGAGGGAUCAACGGCAGUCAAUCAUCUAGGGCUAUGAAUGAUGGUGGAAUUAGCUACAACAUCAGCCUCCCCAGAAGUUACAGCAAUGCGGACGGCGCAUAUGCCUGUAUUGCUAUGGCGUUUGUAUCAACAUUCUCCUCCCUGCUAAAACACGAAAACGUUAUGACGAGACUCCGAUCUGAGAUAGACACAGCAUUCAGCAAGGGCUUACUCUCCGACCCUCCUCGGUGGCAGGAACUGGGUAAACUCCGUUACCUUGAUGCUGUUAUCAAAGAAUCAAUGCGCCAACUGCCUAGCUUGGGCUACAACCGUGAGGUCGUAACACCCCCCGAAGGUGCUAUCGUUGCGGGGUACUACAUUCCGCCCGGAACCAUGAUGGAACUUCAUUCAGAGGCCUUACGAGAUGAUCCUGGUAUUUAUGGGGAGGACGUUCACACUUAUCGGCCGGCACGAUGGCUCACUGCUGACCUGCGACAACGGUGGGCCAUGAACCAGAACUUACAACAGCUUAGCACCAGCAUCAACGAUUGCCCAAAGGUUCGGGUCACUUGGCUGGAGUUGAAAAAGAUCGUUGUCUUAAUACUCCUAAAGUUCAACGUGGCUGCAGCUCGUACGUCCUGGAGAAGGACCAAUUCCCAGUGA